CGUCAAAUUAACAAUUACCCUCCCUUAAACCCUACGCCAGAACCUUCACCUGAAGUGUCUAAACCUCUUCUUUCUCUCUUUCUCCACCAUCCCAACUUUCUCUGCAAUUUCCCGUCUCAAAUCCUCUAAUCUGCUGCUGCUAUGGAUAAUUCAUUGAACAACAACGACAAGAAGAGUCAGAACACACGCUUCUACGACCCUUACCGUGACCUCAAAGUCCCAAUCAAGAAUCUCUACAACCUCCCAACUUCGCCGGAUAAUCUCUUCCCCGAACUGGCCAAUAGGACCUACCGUCCCUGGAACGAAAAACUCACCUACUACACCGGCAUCGCCUGCCUCACCGGCGCCGUUGGCGGCGGCAUAACUGGCACCCUCGAGGGCAUCAGGGCCGCUGAGCGAGGAGACUCGUUCAAGAUUCGGGUCAACCGAGUCCUCAAUUCGGGGAUUCAGAGGGGGCGCAGGCUCGGAAACUCCCUCGGAUCGUUGGGCUUGAUCUUCUCCGUCACGGAGAGUACGAUCCAGUAUUUCACUGACAGGGAUGACAUGGUUAAUAGCGCCGCCGCUGGGCUCGCCACUGGUGCUCUGUUUAAGGCGGCGGCGGGGCCAAGGUCGGCGGUGAUUGCGGGAGUCCUCGGUGGGAUCGCAGCAGCAGCUACUGUGGCCGGGAAGCAGGCUCUGAGGAGAUACGUGCCGAUAUAGGGAUAGAGAUAGGUUUGAUCUUCAUGAGAAUAGAAUUGGAGAUGAUUGGAAUGUUAGGAUUUGGUGUUUUGGCCUUUUAUUUUAUUUUAUUUUUUUCUUAUCUCUUUUUUGUCUAGUUACUCACUGCAUAAUUUGACGUUGGCAUUUAGCUGCUUGUUAUUGAUUAACAUUUAGUAAAUGUUGAAAUUAGCCCUUC